AUGAAAUGGAGUUCUGUCACCAAAAUCUGCAAACAGUAUUCACAGACAAACGGCUGUUGUUUGGCAGACAAUCCCGGCGGAACAAAUGACUUUCUUGUACAAUCACUGUACAUAAUACUUGAUCAAUUUAGAGUGGUGGAAAUUAUUGGUUCCGGUGAAAAUGACGAGAAACAUAAGGUUGCUCAAAAUGAAGUGGAAAUGUUAGCAAAACUGGAUUUAAAAUACGUGGUUAGAUAUUACAACUCUUGGAUUGAAAAUAAAUGUAUGUACGUACAAAUGGAGAAUUGCCAGCAAACACUUUGGUCUGUACUUAAAGAUAAGUCACAUGUAUUUAGUAGACAAGAGAAAAAACCCAUGAAUCUAUAUAAAUAUUUUAUAUCAUGUGAAAUAUUCCGGGAAAUAUUGCAAUGCCUGCAAUACCUUCACUCAUUGAAUCCGCCAAUCAUUCAUCGGGAUAUAAAACCCGAUAAUAUAUUAAUAUUAAAUAACUCAAACGAUGGCAGGUUCCUAAAAUUGGGUGACUUAGCCCUAGCUACAUAUCACGAGCCAACGAUGACCCACACACAAGGUGUGGGAACUUCACAAUUUAUGGCACAAGAAGUAUUUUCCUCUAAUAAAUAUGACACUAAGUCAGAUAUUUUUAGUCUCGGCUGUAUUGGUUAUAUACUGUUUGAUAUAAGCGAAAUUAAAAAUCAAAAAUACAAUUCUACCAUAUUCAUGGAUAAAGUAAAUGCCUUACAUUAUAUUCUUAAAUCAAUGGUUGAGGAUCGGUCUGAAGACCGGCCGACGAGUGAAAGUAAUUUAGUGAACAGGAAAAAACUCGAGUUCUUAAAGAAUCUACGGGAUGUACUCGAAGUGAAAAAUACGCUUUUUAAUAGAAGACCCGCACAACCCUUUAAUAUCUAUGAAUUUUUCAUGUCUUGUGAAAUAUUUCGAGAACUCUUACAAUGCUUACAAUAUCUUCACGGACUGUACCCACCGAUCAUUCAUCGGGAUAUAAAACCGGCGAAUAUUUUAAUUUUGCAAAACACUUGUAAUAAUACGUUUAUAAAAUUGGGUGACUUUGGUUUGGCCACUGAACACAACAGAGCACUCAUGAGCCACACCCGUGGGGCGGGAACUCCUAAUUACACGGCAUAUGAAGUGGGUCUCAACGGGACGUAUGAUUUCAAAGCAGAUAUUUUCAGUCUCGGAAUGAUUGGAUUUCAAAUGUUCGAAAUCAACACAAUGUAA